AUGAAUAUACCGGAGCUCGAGUACAUUGCUAGCCAUUUGACCUUAGCGGAAUGUCGCCGGCUCGUCGCUUCUUUACAUUUCGUAUCCUUCGAACUACCGGCUUUAUCCGAGUCACAGCAAAAAAUACCCAAAGAUAUGUCAUGCUUAAAUCUUAUCAUGAAGUGGAAUAAUGGAAAUGAAGGUAAAGAGAAAACACACGAACACGUAGCUAGGAGACUUCGACAAAUAGGAAAGAAAGAUAUCGCUGAUUGGUUAGGUGUCACGGUUUUUCAUAAUCUAGCUAAAGAUGUAGAAGACGCACUAUUGCAUCCUGGAUUCAUUGGUGAUGAGAACAAAUUUAACUAUCAGUUUGUAACUUUUAAAGACAGUGAUACUAUUGAAAUUGACCAAUGGAAUAUCUUAGAUUCUAUAAUGUAUAUUAUGUUAAUUGGAAUUUUUGGCAGUAUACUGUUUACUUGUUGGCGAUAUAUAAUGUUAACUUUUACUAAGGAACAUAACCCAGGAAAUGAAGAAGUGGAAUUAUUAAGAAAAUUACGUAGCUAUAAUGAUGUAAAUAUCGAUGAACAAAUAGCAGAUGAAGAAGAAGAAUGUCAAUCUGGCAUAGAAAGAUAG